UGGCUACAGGCCACGCCGCGCGGAGUGGGGCGGAGCUGAGCGUGCGCAGGGUCGAGGCGCGCCGCCGGCGGCCGUUGAAAAAUGGCGACUGUCACCGAGCUGAAGGCCGUUUUAAAGGAUACCUUGGAAAAAAAGGGAGUAUUAGGGCAUUUAAAAGCAAGGAUCCGAGCUGAAGUUUUCAAUGCCCUAGAUGAUGACCGUGAACCCCGACCAUCAUUGUCUCAUGAAAACCUUUUAAUUAAUGAAUUGAUUCGGGAGUAUCUGGAAUUCAACAAAUAUAAGUAUACAGCAUCCGUCCUCAUAGCAGAAUCUGGCCAACCUGUAGAUCCAUUGGACAGACAAUUUCUCAUUCGUGAACUAAAUGCAUUUGAAGAAUCAAAGGAUAAUACAAUACCUCUUUUAUACGGAAUUUUAGCUCAUUUCUUGCAUGGAACUAAGGAUGGCAUCCAGAAUGCAUUUCUGAAAGGGCCUUCACUUCAACCUCCAAACCCAAAUCUUGGCAAACAACCUAGUAGAAGAAAGCAAAUGGAUGAUCACCUAAGAAAGGAGGAGGGGAAAAAUACUAAUACUGAAGAUCUUCAUAUUUCUCAAGCAGUAAAGAGAUGACACUCCAUUUGGGGUAUCUUUUAUCUUAAAAUUGUGUAUAUUAAAUAACUUAUUUAUUGUCCCAGUGUUACCAAAAUGUACCACUAAUAUUUGUACUUUGUAGAAAUUUGAGUUUCUGCAGAACACGUAGCCCCUCAUGUUUGACUGCAUUUGUGAAUAAAAACUGUCAUCAAGCUUAUUGGAUUUGACUUGAAAGAAAAUGUAUUGUUUUUAGGAAGUAUUUUUAAAGGUCCUUAUGUUUGUGAGAAAUGAAAGGGCUUUUUAGUACCCUGUACCUUCCUCUAAAAAAAAUAUAGGUCUCUGUAAUCAUAUGCUCUGCUCUUUGACAUGGCACAUUAAUUAAAUUCUCUUCAGCUGGAAUUAUGUGGAUUUGUAAGAACAUUCAAGUCUUAAAAAAACAUUAAAAGGGCAUUAAAACCAGAAAAAAAACUGUAAUUCCAUGAAGUUUGGGUUUUUUAAAAGUACCUUUUUUCAGAUAACCAUUUAUAAUUAGGUUUAAAUAUCUGAAGUACUAUCUAAAGUUGAACUUUUAAGCUAGGUAACAAUCUACUUUUUCCUAUAGACCAUCUUGGCUUCUACUGGAAGAUUUAAUUAAAAGGUGUGUGGGGGGGAAUAUUUCUUUUAAUUUUGCUGUAAGUGAAACAAAGAGUUUAUUUUAUUAUAUAAAGAAUGUGAAAUAAGCAUGAAGAGACAGGCUUUGGGAGAAAUACCAGAAAGUGACUUGUAAAAGAUGGCAUUGUUUAACCUCUAUGUGGCCUUCAGGUGUGCAAUUACAGAUGAGCCAUGAAAGGACCAGCCCUCUAUUGUUUGGGCUCUAGAAGUCUUAUUAAAUGUUAAUUUUUAUUCUUAGGAUAGAAAAAUAGUAAGAGCUAUUACAAUGCUCUCUCUAAAAUGCUACUUUGAUAUUUAUUAAAAGAAAUUUUUAUGGUGUA